CUUCCUGCGUACGAUGGUCACUCCCCGAACAAGGGUAAUUAAAGGAAGUGUUACAUUGUCUCGCUUGUAAGGUAGCCAAAAUGAAUAUUACUACUAUAAUGGAGUAGUUUAUUUAGUUUACACGUAUUUCAAUAGAAAGUGUUGUUAUUCCGGGUAAAAACUCGUAACUUAGGCUGUGACUGAUGCAACAACAUGGCAGUAAGUUGUGUCAGUAGGUGUUCUCUGUCAGCGUUAAGGACACACGCUCAGUGUCCGGGACUGAAGGCGGUCAGCCGGGUGUCUUCUGCUGCCGUUUGUAAAAUCGGAGAGCCGCAGGGAGGCACACGCAUUGAAAGAAAAUCUCCGGCUUUGGGAGGAGGAGGAGAAGGAGGAGGUUGGAAAGGCAGCUCUACCCUGUUAAGGACGGUCUCGGUGGGUUUGGGGAUCUGCGGAGCCGCGUUUCUGGACAGUGGAAAGGACGAAAAGGGAGACAGUAAAGUUUCUGUACCUGGAAGUUUUCUGGAACUCCUGCCCUCAGCUCGCUGUGCUCACCCCUUCAAACCCGACAGCCCCCGCUUCAAAUACAACUUUAUAGCUGAUGUAGUGGAGAAGUCCACCCCAGCUGUGGUUUAUAUUGAAAUUCUGGGCAGACAUCCAUUCUCAGGAAGAGAAGUUCCCGUCUCAAAUGGCUCAGGUUUUAUCAUCAGCAGCGACGGCCUCAUCAUCACCAACGCUCACGUCGUGGCCAACAAGAGAGGCGUCCGUGUGAAGCUCACCAACGGAGACACGUACACUGCUACUGUGCAGGAUGUUGAUCCCGAGGCCGACAUCGCCUCCAUCAAAAUCACGCCGAAGAACCCCUUGCCCACGCUGAAACUCGCCGAGUCGUCGGAUGUUCGUCAAGGAGAGUUUGUGGUCGCCAUGGGGAGUCCGUUCGCUCUGCGGAACACGAUCACGUCAGGGAUCGUCAGCUCGGCUCAGAGGGGCAGCAAGGAGCUGGGCCUGGCCAACUCCAACAUGGAGUACAUACAGACGGAUGCAACCAUCAAUUUUGGGAAUUCUGGAGGUCCUUUGAUUAAUCUGGACGGGGAAGUCAUCGGGAUAAACACCAUGAAGGUCACGGCGGGGAUCUCUUUCGCCAUUCCCUCUGAUCGCGUGAAACAGUUUCUCGAUCAAGCUUCAAAAAGAAAAACCUCCUGGUUCAGCGAGUCGGGGACGAAGCCCAGGUAUAUCGGUGUCAUGAUGCUGACGUUGACGCCAAGCAUCAUCGAUGAGCUGAAGAUGAGAGACCCGUCCUUUCCGAACGUGACACACGGCGUCCUGAUUCACAGAGUCAUCUCAGGCUCACCGGCCAGCAGGGCCGGCGUGCUACCAGGAGACGUGGUGGUGGAGAUCAAUGGGGUGAAGGUGAAAACCUCUGAGGAGAUCUACAAGGCUAUCCGCAGCAGCAGCAGCAGCAUCAGCUUGCUGGUGCAAAGRGCCAACGAGCUGCUUCAGCUCCGAGUGAUUCCCGAAUACAUCGAGUGACGCUGUCAUCUCCACGAGCGCCUUAUGAACCAACAACCGUUAGUUUGAGGAGGAAAAACUGUGAAACCUAAUAAUGACUGUGGUCAAAUGAUUUCUUUUGGUUUUUAAUUGCAAUACAGUUUAAUUGUUGGUACAAAGA